GAAAGAAGAAGCAAUUCCCUAAAAAUCUCUUCCAGUCAUCUCGGGACCCUCUUUGAUCGGUGUUUUCUCGUGGUCUGAUCAUCAGCUGUUCCUUUCUUCGUGUGUUUGGCGCGAAAAGACGCCCAACACAAUAUGACGGAAAAAAUAUUGGAAAUAAAAUCAAUCAGUAGGAAAAAAGUGAACUUAGAUUUACCCUAAAAACUUUUAUAUUGAAAAAGAUAAAUAGAAAAUGGACGUUUAAUAAAGUAGAACAACUUAACAACUAAAAUGUUUUAAAGCAUGUCGACUUUGGUACUAAAAAACAUUCGAAAGGGACGCGGGAAGAAAGAUGGCGACAGGAGCAGCAAACCCCAAUAACCCAGUUGUAUUCCUUGAUGUUACUAUAGGCGGUCAGGAUGUUGGGCGAAUGAAAAUUGAACUUUUUGCUGAUGUUGUCCCUAAAACUGCAGAAAAUUUCAGACAGCUUUGCACUGGUGAAUAUAAAAAAGAUAAAGUUCCAAUUGGAUACAAGGGAGCUACCUUUCACAGGGUUAUCAAAGAUUUUAUGAUACAAGGUGGUGAUUUUGUGAAGGGUGAUGGCAGUGGAGUUUGCAGUAUAUACGGAGGUAUCGAAUUUGCAGAUGAAAAUUUCAAAUUAAAACACGACGGGCCUGGCUUGUUAUCAAUGGCUAACAGUGGUGAAAACACAAAUGGCUGUCAGUUUUUUAUAACGUGUGCAAAGUGUGAUUUCCUUGAUGGAAAACAUGUUGUCUUCGGUAAAGUAAUCGAUGGUCUAUUAGUCAUGAGGAAAAUUGAGAAUGUUCCGACUGGUGCCAAUAACCGACCGAAGUUGGGUGUGGUCAUAUCGCAGUGUGGCGAAAUGUAAUGAGGUACACUUUCUCCCUGUGUAGGACAGCAUUUCUGCUAGUCUGUAUCCAAAGGCUGCGAAAAGUAAGAACAGCAAAAAAAAUCCAGUAUUUAGAUUACGACGCUGACAAUGAGCUCGAAAUGGGAUCAUGCCCACGAAAAAGUUGUAUUUUGUAUUUACUGCUUAUUGAAAUAUUUUUUUUCAUUUUUUUUUAUAUUUUGUGGUAGUAUACUUUCUUGC